AUGGCUUCACAUAAAGAACUACGAGAAUUAUUGCUUAUUUGCUACGAAGACAACAUGUUAUCAGAUGAAGAGUUUCUCGUUUUGUGGGAAAAUUAUGAGUCCAAGAAUCCCGAUUUUCCUUGGGACAGUUACGAUCUGUUCACGCUCGUAAACAUGGAUGAAGCUGAGUGUAAGGCAGAAUUUCGUGUUGAAAAAAAUGAUCUCCAAAGGCUUGCAGAAGCCUUACAAAUUCCAGGAACAUUUAAAUGCCACAAAGGAACCGUUUGCGAUGGAAUGGAGGGACUAUGCAUGCUGUUGAAACGACUGGCAUGCCCUUGUCGUUUCAGCGAUAUGAUUUCGCGUUUUGGAAGACCUGCUCCUGAGCUAUGUAUGAUAACAAAUCGAGUGAUGGAUUUUAUCUACGACACCCAUGGCCACCGCAUCACUCAGUGGAAUCUUGCUGUGCUAAAUUCUGGAUUUCUUGAACAGUACGCUGCUGCCAUCGCAGGUAAAGGUGCCGCCCUAGACAACUGCUUUGUGUUUGUUGAUGGCACGGUACGUCCAAUCUCCAAACCGGGUGAACAGCAGAGGAUUGUGUAUACUGUGCAUAAAAGGGUCCACGCCCUGAAGUUUCAGUCGGUUGCUAUACCCAGUGGGCUCAUUGCAAAUAUGUAUGGUCCAGUAGGUAUGCUCCUUUUAUAAAAUAUAUAAGUAGUCAACACAAAGAACUCAUUUUAAUUUCUGGAUAUUUCACAUUAUUUAUUUGAUAUUUGUUUUUCAGAAGGUAAGAGGCACGAUUCAGGCAUGUUGACUGAUUCCGGGCUUCUUCAGGAUCUAGAGGCUUACGCGUUUUCACCAGCAGGCUUACUAAUAAGUGCAUAUAUGCAGAUCCAGCCUAUCGACUCAGAGUCCACCCUCAAGGCCCUUUCCGGAACCCUCAUCUCACUCCUUUAA